AUGUCACAAGUACCGGCCCCUCCCGAUUCGAACGGGAAUCCCCUAAUUGCUCUGGCCGUAGCUGUGAUUUACGCUAUCCUCUAUGUCCUUCAAGGUGUUAGGAACGUAGUCGGUGUAUUGACGAUUGGAUUGCCGAGUGCUAUCGUUCGAAUGCUGCAUUACAGUUUCACGAUUUCCCUCGGUUUUCCACAUUUCCUCGCUCUUUUCGCCGGAGCAUUAUUAGGUCUUUUCUUCCUGGUUCGAUAUAGAUACCUCACACGGUAUACGAAACUGAAAGAACCAGCAUUGCCCCCACCUUCACCUCCUUCUCUUACCGCCGAACUCCUUCCAUUAGAUACACCGGGAAUAGGUCUUCGAAAUAAGAGAAGUAGAUCAGGUUCUUUCCAUAAUUAUUUGGAUGAUUUCCUUUCGGCCAUUAGGAUAUUUGGAUAUCUUGAGAAACCCGUCUUCCAUGAACUUAGUAGACAUUUACAAACUAGAAGAUUAGCUGCUGGAGAUACGCUUGAUAUAGGCGGAGGAGAUUUUUGGUGUGUAGUAGAAGGAAAAGUUCAAGUUUUCGCUCCUGAUUCCCCUAUUGAUAAAUCAAGACCAUCCUCCCCGGAUUCAUAUAAUCAAUCGUCAUUCAAUGGCUACCAUCUGCUGAACGAAGUUUCUACCGGUGGUACACUAUCAUCCCUGUUUUCCAUAUUAUCCUUAUUCACAGAAGAUAUCAAACUUUCAUGGACUCCUCCGGUCGAAGAAGAAGAUACCGAAGAGGUUCUUAUGGAUGACACUAUGUCAAGGGAUCCUACAUUGCUUCCACCCGGUCAAAGAAGAUCCAGAGCUAAUUCAGAUGUUAGUCAACUUGACCAAGAAAUCCUGAGCAAAAGCGUAGGUAGUCCUAAUGAAUCUUCGCCGACGGACAACACCAGACCUCGACGGCCAAGAUCAUCGUCUCUUGGCACAGCGGAAGGUCUUGGUCUCUCCGAAGGACCAAAGGCAGAACUACCAUCUCGGUCAAUGCCUGCAACUACAUCACAUUCCCCUUCAGCUGAAUCUCCACGACAAGAAUCUUCACUGUCAUCUCCCAAUGACGGACCCAUUCUAAGGAACUUUCCUUCGACCACCACAUCCCCUCUGCGCGACUCUCCAAGACCCUUGAAAAGAUCACCGAAACGAGAAGAUACUGGUGCAUCUGCAUUGAAAGGGACUAUAGCUAGAGCGACAGUGGACACUACCCUGGCCGUCAUACCCGCUGCUGCCUUCAGGAAGCUCACGAGGAAGUUCCCCAAAGCGAGUGGAACAGUUGUACAGGUAGUACUAGAGAGAUUCAGCAGAGUCACUUUCAUGACUGCUCACAAGUAUCUUGGUUUGACCAAAGAGAUCUUGCGCUCUGAAUCCUCCCUCAACUCUCUUGUCUCGCAUCCUCUUCCAAGAUUCUUUUACACGGGCGGAGGGAUGCAAGCUCUGCGCAGCCGAUUCCAACCAGAGGCGCAAGCAAAUGACAAGGGUCACAAAGAUUUCUCUUCCAUCAACUCCUCACCUAGCGGCCGAGUCUCAAGUAAAGACUAUUUCAAUUUCGUUCCGUCUAGUCCUACUGUCAAAGCACCUUCACUGCCAUCCACUACACCUAAACAAGUGCCAACUACACCGUCUGGUAAAGGAGGAGCGUUCGCCCCAAGAGGUUUCACAGCAAUGACCAAAAUUGAGGAUAGUCCGAAAGUCGCAUCAUCAGAUGAUGGAGCUUCGGGAAAACAGCCAUCAGUCGAUCCUCCCACUGCGGCGAUGUUCAGCCCGGAUACAGCUGCAAGACAUGGUAGGACCUUCGUUCGUCGUGCAUCGGCUAUGAGGAAACAAGUCGCAGCAGGGGAUUUAGCUAUGGCUCAAAGGAAUCUGCCUGAUGAAAAGGGAGGAGCAUAUUAUCGUCCCGGAGUACAGACUCCUGGUUUACCAAGAAUGGACACUUGGUUAGGACGAUUCUCAUCUUCGACCGAUUUAGCGCAUCAUAAUGGAGUUUCAGUAUCUCCUACAUCAUCAGAAGGAGGUACACCUCAAGAUGAAGGAUUUGAUUUGAAAGAAGCUGUUCUCAUGAAUAUAGCCAAAUCCAUUGGACUAGCUCAACCUCAAGAGGGAAAUAUAGAUUCUAUAGGUAAAAACUCCAUCCCACCUUCUGUUUCAGCCCUUUCAACUCCUAAUUCACCAAUGUUCCCUCCUAACGGAAGAAGCAAUGUUAAAUCUCCUUUUGGAAAUGUAUUGGAUAUGAUGGCUGCUUCCACUCACGAAGGUGUCUUAGGAGGAAUGUUAAGAGAGGCUGCGUUGAAAGCUAAAGUAGACGAUGAAGCUAGUAGCGUUUCUGCAAGUGUGCAGGACUCUCAAUUUGGGACUGCUGUAGGGGAUAAGAAGAUACUGAAAGAUCUGGAAGGGAAUGUGGAGAUCCUUUUCUUCAAAAAAGGGAGCGUUCUAGUGAAAGAAGGUGAAAGAAGUCCUGGAAUGUAUUAUGUCAUAGAUGGUUUCCUAGAGACAUCAUUACCUGUUCAUCAAUCUGGAAUCUCAACUCCUCGAUCGUCGACUUCAGUCAAUCCUACCAGUGCGAGUCCACCCCCCUCAACAUUUGCGAAUGUCAAUGGAAGACCAUUUGGAGCUGCACUUGGGCUUGGAUCCGCUCACACCAAUGGAUCCUCAUCACCGUCGAAUGGGGGAAGGCAUGAGGAGACUUUGUAUACAGUAAAGCCCGGUGGUAUCGCAGGGUAUCUCUCUUCUUUGUGUAGUACAGAUUCAUAUGUCAAUAUCACCGCUAAGACGGAUUGUUUCGUUGGCUUCUUACCUUAUAAUACACUGGAGAAGAUUAUCGAACGAAGGCCGAUUGUGUUACUUACCCUUGCGAAGAGACUCCUAUCGCUGCUCUCUCCACUUGUGCUUCACAUAGAUGCUGGAUUAGAUUGGCAGCAGCUCGGAGCUGGUCAGUACGAGAAAGGCGAUAAAGCUACUGACUUCUACAUCGUUAUCAACGGUCGACUACGAUCUUUCCAUGACAAAGACGGAUCCAUGCAAGUCCUUCGUGAAUACGGUCAGAACGACUCCAUUGGUGAACUAGACGUAAUCACCGCUGUCAAUCGAUCUGACACGGUAAAUGCUAUCCGAGAUUCGGAAUUAGUACGAAUACCGGGGGCUUUGUUCGAUGCUAUUAGUGUCAAACAUCCCGCCACAACUGUCCAAUUUAUGCGGCUGAUAGCUGGAAGGGUCAGGAAGGCUAUUGGAGACGAAAUGAAGAUCGGUCACUCGCCCGUCGGAAGUGCUCCAACUGACGUUAAUUUGAAAACUGUUUGCAUUAUUGGAUCAAAUAGGAAUAUCCCCGUUGCUCAUUUCGCUGGAAAACUCAAAACUUCCUUGGAGGAAUUGGGAGCCUCGACUUCUUAUCUUGAUCAAGGAACUGUGAUGCGCCAUUUAGGAAGACAUGCUUUCGCUCGAAUAGGAAAGUUGAAAGUCGCCGGCUGGCUUGCUGAUCAAGAGCAACAUUACCGCUCAGUGCUAUAUGUUGCUGAUUCUCCUCCUUCGAGUUCAUGGACUCUGACCUGUAUACGGCAGGCCGAUUUAGUACUUGUUCUCGCCAUGGGAGAUGAUCCAUCUUUAGGGGAGUACGAAAAACUGUUACUCGCGACGAAGACGACAGCUAGGAAGGAGUUAAUUCUUCUGCAUGAUGAACGAGCUGUUGCACCCGGUUCUACUAGACCGUGGCUCGUUAAUCGACCUUGGAUACACGCACAUCAUCAUGUUGAGCUUCCAGGUGUCGUCACACCUAGUAAAGUCACACAGACACCUCAUGAUGCAGCUGCAGUAGCUGCUUUCAAACAUCUCCGAGAAAGAGUAGAAGGUCGAAUUCGAAAAUACAGAGGAUUAAGACCAUUUGCACGACCCAGAAGACCAGCACACAUGAAUGAUUUCGCACGAAUAGCACGUCGUUUAUGUGGGAAACAAAUUGGAUUAGUACUUGGAGGUGGAGGUGCAAGAGGUAUCUCCCAUAUCGGGAUGUUACAAGCGUUGGAAGAGUAUGGUAUACCCAUUGACGCCAUUGGAGGAUGUUCAAUCGGAAGUUUCGUCGGUGGAUUAUAUGCAAGAGAAACUGAUUUAUUGGAAACUGCAGGAAGAACAAAACAGUUUGCAGGAAGAAUGGGUUCAAUGUUGAGAAUUUUAAGUGAUGUCACUUAUCCUUUUGUAGCCUAUACCACCGGUCAUGAGUUUAAUAAAGCGUUUUAUAACACGCAUAUAGAAGAUAUGUGGAUCCCCUUUUUCGCCAAUUCAACUAAUAUCACUCAUUCAAGGAUGGAAAUUCAUAGAACGGGUUAUGCUUGGCGAUACGUUAGAGCUUCGAUGACACUCGCGGGUCUAUUACCCCCGCUUUCGGAUAAUGGCAAUUUGCUCGUUGAUGGAGGAUAUAUGGAUAACACACCUAUUGAACCGUUACGUUCGAAUGGUAUCAGAGAUAUUAUUGUUGUAGAUGUUGGAAGUAUAGAUGAUACCAGUCCAAGGAAUUAUGGGGACUCCGUGUCAGGAUGGUGGAUAUUUGUCAAUAGAUUUAACCCAUUCUACGAGAGAAAGGUACUAUCGAUGACUGAGAUAUCGUCAAGAUUGACCUACGUAUCGAGUGUGAAAACUCUUGAGGAUGUUAAGUCUGCACCUGGGUGUCUAUACAUUGCUAUGCCCGUACAACAAUUUGAUACCCUCGGAGGGUUCAAGCGAUUCUCUGAAGUCCUCAAUAUAGGUCUCAAAGCAGGAAGGGAAGCUUUGAAGAAAUGGAAGGACGAAGGUAAAUUACCUACUGGAUUGGUUGAUGCUUCAAAAGGAGCGAUAGCCAUUCAAAGAGGAAACAGAUUAAGACGGAUGUCGAUAUAA